CAUUCGUUCGCAUCUCUUGGCACUGAACGAGCAUCAUAUGCCUGUCUCUCGGACUCGAAGCUGCACAUGUGCCUCCUGAAAUCUCGGCCUUCGCGACGAGCCAACCGAGGCAUACCUGCUCAAGCAUCUCCUUGUGCUGCACAUCGGUGCUGUUCAGCUCGGCCUUGUAGAGGCUGCAGUGCAGUCAAUCGUGGGAAUGUCGGGAGGGCAGGGAAUUGUCGGGUCAAUCUAUACACAGUGUUGUAGAGGACAGCUGUCGCCGCCAUGACCCAAGCUCCAAAGCCAUUGCCACAGCGCAUGCGCUCGAGAAGGAGUGGUCCGUCGGCUUCGAACCGCCGCGUGGUCUUACUUUGCCCGGUACUCCUCGUUGCGGUCAUUCAUGAGCUUCAGAGUGUUCUCCAGACCCUUGAUCUCCUUCUCCGCCUUUCGGAUCUUGGAGUCGAGCUCGUCACCCUCGCGUUGGAGCUCCUCCCGUUCCUGGGCUGCCUUGAUGACAUAGUAGGCUUGCGAAUGCUCCUCCUGGCCCUCCUCUGGCGCAAACUGGGUCAUGAGGAUCUCAUAUCGGCGCUUCAGCUUCUCGACCUUGCCGACUCGCUCGCGCAGCUCGGCAUUGGCACUGUAGCGCUCCUCCUCAAUGUUCUUGGCCCUCAGUCGCAGCAUGUCCUUGUGGAUGUCGAUUUCCUUCUUUCGCUCCUCGAGUGCCAGCUGGAGCUGCACCUGGCGGUUUUCGAGGGUAAAGACCUCGUCGGCGCGGAUGUUGAGGAACCCACGCAGCUUGCGCAGCUCCAGCCUGAGGAUGUUUUCUUCGACCAUCAACUCCUCCUUUUCCGCGGUCUUGGCUGCUAGUUGGUUGCCCUGUUCAGUUGGAUAGAUUUGUUUGGGGGAUCAAUGGCAUGUCUGCAGACCACAACUACCACAGUUCAAGACAAGAGCCGGGUGCGAAGGAAUCGUGUCGAAGCGAG